CAAAAGAACAGGUGAUCUCCGGAAAUUAGAAUAUUGCUCUAAAGUGAUACUCACAAUUCUGUACUUUACGUUACCAUCUGCCGCCAAAGCUGACAUCAUGGAUAUCGAAACUUAUAGUCUUCAGUCAAAUGGAUUCCAUCUUAAAAUCUCUGCAUCAAAGUAUCUGUUUGAAGAUACUAUUAUUACUAUGGAUUUGCAACAUGUAGAAGUCCCAAGGACUGUUGAGGGAUUUUCGAAGCUAGUGGUAGGUGCAAAAACAAUUCUUUCUUGGAAGGCGCGGACUAGGAAGAAUACAGUAACUUUUUAUAAAGCAUUGAAGAAAGGUCAUCAACGCCUGACAAAUGGUGUCUUUUUUUCACCAAUCAAAAUGUCUGUAUAA